AUGGAUAUGCAGCAGUUGGAAAAACAUCAGUUGGAGAAGCAAUUGCGAAUCAAUAUAGUUAUUAGUUUAUUGAUUCUAGAUUAUUUUAUUGACAUGUUGGUUAUUACUAUAAUGAUUACUCGAUUGACUAAAUCAAACAAAUCUUCAAUGAUGAACAGAGCAGCUCAGAUAUCAACAAAUAAUAAAUUACAUGAUAUUAUAAAUGAAACAAUUAGAAAAAUAGUCAAGAACAAAGGAUUUGUUGUAGUUGGUUGUGAUAUCACCACAAACUGUUUACCUAAUGCUAAAGUAAAAAUAAUUUUAUUAGCAGAUGUGGAGACUCAUGUAUUAUCUCAAUCAUUAAUUAAACAAGCAUAUAAUGUCUUAUAUGAGAUUGAUACAACUAAAUUAACAUUAUCUGAAGUUGUUGAUAUGAUUUUAAUUCAA